UGAGUUCCGUGUGGAUUGGUGUGAGUUUUUUUUUGUUUUUUUUUGUUUUACGGGGCUCCUGCGCUGGCCACCUAUUCCCCACUGUAUCUGGCUCCUAGCUCCGUUUUGGUGUCAUUGGAAGGAAGUUUGUGUGCUUUUGCUGUGUUUUUAGUUCGUGUAAUAAAACCAUUUUAAGUGGUAUUGCAUCUCGAGCCUGCCUGGGCGUAUAUCGAACCUGGGUGCCUUAUCAUAUUAGAGGAGAAUUAGUUAUUUCCUUUGGUGAAAUUCCCAGGGUGGCGUAGCCUAGCAUGUUACCUCUCCUUUUUGGGGCAGUGAAAAGGAUGAUUGGUAUUUAACGAGUCUUUACGAGCCGUAAAAACAGAGUAAUAUCAUUAUUAUCUAUCAGAUUAUUGCUUACAUUAUAUGAUUACUUACAUUACAUGAUAUGUGCUUCCAGCAAAGUGUGGGACUCUUCAGUACAGCCUUAGCCGAAGCUCUAAUUCGACACAAAAGGUCCUGGAUCAUUGCUUAUUUUCAAAUCGAGGAGGAACAUCCUGGUCCGUACCCAAUAGAGCUUGGCGCUGUUGCAGAAGUAGAUGCUUAUCAUGUCCUCAAAGUCUACGGGAAGGGAGUUGAUGAAGAACCCCGACAUGUUUUUGAUAUAGACAGAAAGACUGGAAUUGUGAAUGUAUAUAAAAAAAUUGAUUAUGAAACACAUAAAAAAUUCUUGCUCAUCUUCGAAAUCAACAACAAAACCAGUCAUGUCGAGACCAGGCUGGCAAUUGACAUAGUAGUAAAAAACAUAAACGACAACAGUCCACAAUUUCCGGAGAACACAUUUACAAUCACAGUAAACGAAUCCACUCACCAAGGAACAUACUUAACUACUGUAACAGCCACAGACAGAGAUGAACCUGGCAUUUUCCUAGAGAAUUACAGAAUCGCCUCGCAGGUGCCGAAGUCACAGGACAUGGAGUUCCUGAUCGGGAGCCAUGGUCAGAUAUCCUUCAGGGGAUGUCUUAACUACCAGGAAGUUGAAAAGUACACCAUCGUGGUUGAGGCCGAGGACCAUGGAAAGCCAAGUCUGACGGGCACAUGUACAGUGACCAUCCAAAUCGAGGACCAGAACAAUCACCUUCCAUUCAUUACAGGUUAUACAGGUAUAGGAAGGGUGAAAGAGAAUGUAAUCAACUCAGCCCCAUUCCGAAUUCAUGUGAAAGACAAGGACAAAAGGAACUCUGCUGCGUGGAGGGCUAAAUACAGCGUACACGGAGAUGAUGGAGAACACUUCAGGAUUGAGACUGACCCAGAAACCAAUGAUGGAAUCCUCUCUGUCAUUAAGCCUUUGGACUUUGAGAAGGGCAUGCAAAGAAAACUGUCCAUCAGCGUUAUGAAUGAGGCUCUGUACUUCACGUGUACCUCAGAAGAACGUGACAGGAUUGAAUCCCAGCCUAAGAAUGUCACUAUAAUUGUGGAAGAUGUCAAUGACCCACCAGAGUUUCUGGGGGCUUUGAAGGAAGUGUUUGUGGAGGAAAACAUAGCGACUGGAUACCUGCUUGAAAGAUUUACCGCAGUGGACCGGGAUGUAAUGUUUUCAAAUAAAUUUGUGUAUAAAAUCGGUAAAGAUCCUGCUUGUUGGGUGACAGUGGACCCCAAAACUUGUGAAAUUCGCACAGCAAAAAUAAUGGACCGAGAGUCACGCUUUGUGGUCAAUGGAACCUACACCGUAAUUGUACACGCUGUUGAUGAAGGGAAUCCCCGGAUGACUGGAACAGCCACACUCAAAAUCCACCUCAAAGACCAGAACGACAAUGUUCCCCAGCUGUCUGAAAAUAUGAUGCAACUAUGCCUGUCUGAUGAAGCCAAUGUGGUCAACAUCACAGCCUACGACCUGGAUGGAGACCCAUAUUCUGGCCCCUUCCACUUUGAACUCCUGGGAGACGUCAAGGGCCGGUGGAGGCUUGACCCCAGUUUUGGGACAUCUGUGAAGCUGGUGAAAGAGAGCCUGGUCUGUACCGGGAAGCACAGGCUAUUCCUGCGGAUCUCCGACCAGCAGGGGCUGCCCUCCCUACAGAAUCUCUCAGUGACUGUGUGUCACUGCAUCGCCCCAAAUACAUGCCAUAGAGUAAUGUCUGCUGCCACCAGGGCCGGACUUUUUGGGGUCAUAUUUGCUGCCAUUUUUCUGCUACUAGCAUCUCUACUACUUAUUUUGUUGAUAACCCGUGGGAAACAAAAAGCAAAGGAAGUUCUUGAUUCUGAAUUCGACCUGCUUCCAUCCAGAACUGAGGAACUAGGCGAUGAUUGUGAGGUUCCGAACUCCAUUGCCAGAAAACCUAUUAGGAGACAGGUUAAACCUCCUCGAAAAGUGAAUUACAAGCCAAAUAAAUAUUUGAAAGGGAAUCCAGAACAAAAUGUUGCCAUUUUCAGAAUACAAAAAACACUGGGUAUUUCUAUUUCUAAGAAAAUCUGUUCCAUCCAGGACUCCAAGAAUGAGCUCAGUGAUUAUGACCCCCACGUUUAUGCCGACGAGGGGUCUCGUCCGCCAACUCCAGAUCUGGACUCCCUCUCAAUUUCUGAACCCGAGUUUGACCCAGAGCAGCUCUUGGACCUGGGGCCAUGUUUCAACAGCCUAGCUGCCAUUUCCUGGCCUGAGCUAGUAACACAUAAUAUCAGUGUGGCCACCUAUGUGAGCAAUGUCAGCAGUGGACAGAUUUGAGUAAGGGAGCUGUACCCUGUAAUUAUCUCAUGGGCUUGGGAGCAGCAUCUUGACUGAAUCUGUUAUGAAGAUAAUUGAGUUUCGUUGCUGUUGUUGGUGGAUCUCUUUGUUUUCCCUCUAGUCCCCUAUAUGCUGCAUCAGAAAAAAAGGCUAUACUUUAUAACCCACAGCGGGCUUAACGUAGAGUGAAUAAUGUAGAGUGAUCACUUAUGCUGGUAGAUAAAUGAUAAGUUGUAGAGUUGAUGUUAAUAAGAAGCGACAUUUAGAGGCUGGUCUCCUCACUACUCUGUGCUGUUCAGAUCUCUGCUGACAAAGGUUUUGCUAGUUUCAGGAACUCACUAUGGUUGAGAUGAACUCUUAAUGUAUUUUCUGCAGUUAAUCUACUCUUCAAAGCUAGAAAAUAGUGUGGAAAACGUCCAGCUGAGACAAGCAUCUAUUUUUAUUCAGUAUGCAAAUAUCAACAGUCAUGUUCCAUGGAAGCCCAUUGGCUUCCUGCCACCUCACUGGAAACAAGGGAGAAGAUGCAGUAUUGUGAUAAAUCCCCCAUUCUGCAGUGUGGCUGUAAUGGUUUGUGGGAUAACAAGGUCAAGUCAAGUGGGCUUUACUGUCAUACUACCCAUAUACAGGUGGCAUAGAGAGUGACACAAGAUAAUGUUCCCCAGGAUCACAGUGUGACACAUAGAUAGAUAAACUAACAGAAAUGAAUUAAGCAUGUAGGAAGUACAAAAAUGAUUCAGAGAAUGUUAUUAAAUAAAUUUCAGUUUUCUUCAUUUAUCAAUUGUUGUUUCACCAGAGUGCACUAAAAUGUACAACUGCUACAGGUAUGUAUUUUUUUGCCACAAUUUUUAAAUCUUACACAAGCAAGUUAAAUCAAGUCAUGAUUUUCCUGCACUGAUGAUAAAAAUUGUUCACCUUACCUGGGAAAGUCUGUUAAGUCUGUAAAACUGUUGAGCCACUGACCUCGGACUUGCUAAAGAAAUCCGGUUAGAUUUCAGCAGAGAUAUAAUUGAAGUAGGUGUGUCUAACUGCUAUCCACAUACGCAUUCACCCAUAGCUCAAAAGUAGUUGUUGUUUGCCUCAUAUGAGCAGUUUACCGU